AAAGGAUCAACAAAUAGCAGUGACACUCAGUUUUGUGCUAUUUUAAAAAAUUUUUAUAUUGAAUACGAAUUAAUGAACAUAAAUCCACGUCUAUUACACGUGGCCAUAAAUAGUUUAGAUUUUUGCCAUUCUGUGUGCCAUCAUCACCCACCCACUAGUUACUCUCUCACUUCAUUCUAUUUUCACCACGUUCUUUUCCAUACGAAGGCUGUUGAGGUUAUGCCACCGAAGUUUUAAAAAACGAUUUUUCGUUUUUAUGCAUAAUUUAGAGUUGUAGUUAUUUAUUUCAUUUCAGUUAUUAUUUAUUUCGGAAGCAAACAGUAUUAUGGAAAACAGUCUGUCGAUUUACAAUAAGGAAGCAGAUAGUGCUCAAGAACAAAUUAAUUUAUUAAAAAGGCAGUUGUCGGAGAUCAAGAAACUGAUCAAGAAUAAGACGGUACAAUCUUCCGAUGAUCCUGAGCUGAACAAAGUUAUCACGGAAAAUGUAAAGUUGAAACAUAGAUUGGCAAUUCUAAAUAGGGCGAUUGCACUACAAUUGAAUAGUGUGAAACUUGCUGCUGCGAAGCCCAUUGACAAAACUAGAAUGCAGAGUAUUACCGACAUACUUACCGAUAUAUUUUCAUCAGCCAUAUCUAGGGCUUUCCCAGAUAUUCCGGACCCUCCUGUUAAUAUUGCAUUAUCUGGAAGUAAUGUCCAAUUUGGUGAUUACCAGUGUAAUUCUGCUAUGGCUUUGGCUAAAGUUUUUAGGCAGUUGGGUAAGAAAGCUGUACCGAAAGAAAUCGCUCAAAAGAUUGUGGAGAGUGUACCUUCACAUGAGCUUAUCGAAAAGCUGGAAGUUGCGAACGCCGGUUUUAUAAAUAUUUUCCUAAGCAAAGCUUACGGCGUUGAAAGUUUAUCGACUAUUUUUGAAUACGGGGUGAAACCUCCUACUUUGACAAGGAAACGUAAGGUUUUGGUUGAUUUUUCAUCCCCGAACAUUGCUAAGGAGAUGCACGUCGGACAUUUACGUUCGACUAUUAUAGGAGACAGUAUUUGCCGAUUGUUGGAGUAUUUAGGCCAUGACGUUUUACGUAUUAACCAUGUUGGUGACUGGGGAACCCAAUUCGGGAUGUUAAUUGCUCAUUUGCAGGAAAAGUUUCCAGACUAUCUAGUCAAGAUGCCUCCUAUCAGUGAUUUGCAAGGUUUUUAUAAGGAAUCGAAGAUAAGAUUCGAUGAGGAUGAAGAAUUUAAGAAGAGAGCUUACGCUAGUGUCGUUAAAUUACAAUCGUUCGAUCCAGAUCACAAAAAGGCGUGGGAACUCAUCUGCGACAUCUCUCGAAAAGAAUUUCAGAAAAUCUACGACCGUCUCGACGUGAGACUCGUCGAGCGAGGCGAAUCGUUUUACCAGACACGAAUGGAAAACAUUGUCAAGGAACUAGAAGCCGGCGGGUACCUAGAAGAAGACGAAGGUCGAAAAAUCCUUUGGGGCGGCGGGACCAUCCCCAUGACGAUUGUAAAAUCCGACGGAGGUUUUACGUACGACACCUCCGAUAUGGCGGCCAUAAAACACCGUCUCUUCGAAGAAAAGGACGACUGGAUUAUAUACGUCACCGACGCCGGCCAAGCUACACAUUUUCAGACGCUGUUUGGGUGCGCCAAGCGAAUAGGCGUGUUGGACGAGAGUAUCCACCGGGUCGACCACGUGGGUUUCGGCGUUGUGCUCGGUGAGGAUAAGAAGAAGUUCAAGACCCGUUCUGGGGAUACCGUUAAGCUUCUGGACCUGUUAGACGAGGGGUUAAGGCGUGCGCUCGAUAAACUCAAAGAGAAAGAACGGGAUAAGGUUCUUACACCUGAAGAACUGAAGAAGGCCCAAGAAUCCGUGGCAUACGGUUGCAUCAAAUACGCCGACUUGUUGCACAACAGACACCUCGACUACGUAUUCUCCUUCGACAAGAUGCUCGAAGACAAAGGCAACACCGCCGUCUAUUUACUGUACGCCCUCACGCGUAUAAAAUCGAUUGCUCGCAACGCCAAUUUCACCCCCGAGAAAAUCAAGGAACUCGGCAAAAAGGAACGGGUUUCGUUAGACCACGACAAGGAGUGGAAACUCGGGAAGGUGCUGCUGCGCUUCCCCGACGUCCUAUUCAAAAUAACGAAGGAUCUCUGUCUGCACCACCUGUGCGAGUACGUCUACGAAAUAGCUACGACCUUCACCGAGUUCUACGACAACUGUUAUUGCAUAGAGAAGGACUCGUCGGGAGACAUCGUCAAGGUGAACCACGGAAGGAUUUUACUGGUGGAAGCGGCGGCUUCGAUUAUGGAGCACUGCUUCAAUAUCCUCGGGCUCAGGCCCGUGUCGAAAAUGUAAAUAAAACAAAGUGAGUACA